AGGAGCACUAAGAUGAGCGCGCUGCGCCGCCAAAUCUGAGUCUGGACUCUUGCGCACUUUGCGCGUGUGGACCCACCAUGAGACCAUCUCCAAGUGUUCCGCUUAACUGAACAAUUAAUUAAAACUUGAUUGCGAUUUAAUAUCGAUCCCGGCCUAAUUGGUGCUUAAAUUGGUGGGUGUCGGGGCACUCAUGGGGCCGAUCUUGCUCCUCCUGCUGGUGGCCGCGGCCCGCGCGGACCUUGAUGCUGACCGGAAACUCAUCCGGAUCAGAGGCGACAUCAUCCUCGGCGGCAUCUUCCCCAUGCAUGAGCAGGUCCCCGGACGCUCUGAUAUGCCCUGCGGCGCCGUCAAAGAGGAGAAAGGCAUGCAACGCCUCGAGGCUAUGCUCUACGCUAUCGAUGAAAUCAACUCUAGCCCCGACUUACUCCCAAAUGUCACUCUCGGUGCACUCGUCAUCGAUUCCUGCAGCAGCGAUACUUACGCUCUCGAGCAGUCCAUGGAGUUUGUCCGCUCAUACAUGAACCAGGACAUGUCGGAGUAUAAGUGCGAGUCUGGAAAGCCGCCAGUCUAUGUGCCACAUAAACCGGUUACAGCUGUCAUUGGGGCUUCUUUUAGCGUGGUUUCGAUCAUGGUGGCAAAUAUCUUGCGGUUAUUUAAGAUCCCCCAAGUCAGUUACGCCUCUACCAGUACCGAAUUGUCCGACAAGUCGAGAUUCGAAUAUUUCAGCAGAGUUGUGCCGCCUGAUAAUUUCCAAGCUCAAACGAUGGUAGAAAUCAUCAAAGAAUUGGGCUGGAAAUACGUGUCCACAGUGGCAGUUGAAGGAGAUUAUGGAGAAAGAGGGAUAGCGUCUUUUAUAUCUUAUUCAGCCGAUGCCGGAAUCUGCAUAGCAGUAACCGAAAAAAUUCUCCGGAAUUCUAAAACCGAAGACUUCGAUAGAAUUAUAGAUCGACUUCUUCAAAAGACGGCUCGUGCAGUCGUCCUCUUCGUCGACGAGGACAACACGAGAAAGCUUCUGCAAGCAACAAUUCGUGCGAAUAAGACAGGACAUUUCCUCUGGAUCGGUAGUGAUUCGUGGGGAGCUAAAGUACACCCCGUCAGGGACCAGGAGUUCGCUGCUGAGGGAGCAAUCACCAUCCUACCCCACAGGAAUGCUAUUCAAGAAUUCGACGAUUAUUACAUGUCACUGAGGCCACGAAUGGAAGGAGAUGGGUGCAACUCAACCAUAGACUCCAACUUGCCUCAUCCCACAAAACCCGAGCUAGUUAUCAACUGUCGCAACGGAUGGUUUCGCGAGUUUUGGAGUCAACACAACAAGUGCAGUUUCGAUAACACUGACCGGAAAUGCACAGGAGAAGAAACUAUAUCGGAUUAUGAACAAGAAGGUCUAGUGCCAUUCGUGGUUGAUGCAGUGUACGCCGCCGCUCAUGCCAUUCAUAAUAUCAUCGUCGACGAAUGUGGAACUGAUCCCUUUUAUUUGUGCGACAAGCUCAAACCUGCCCCUUUAGGAAUACAACUUUUAAAGUACUUAAGAAAUGUCUCGUUUAUAGGUCGGCAAAAAACUGAAAUUAGAUUCAACCAAGAUGGCGACGCGUAUGGUAGCUACAACAUCUACCAGUAUCAAAGACACGAAGAUGGAAAAUACGACUACAAUCAAAUUGGUUCGUGGAAAGAGAAACUGAUCUUGAACUUAAGCCGGAUCCAAUGGAAGGAAAGCGAUGAAAUGCCCAAGUCAAUUUGCAGCGAAACAUGUCCAUCAGGCCACAUAAGGAACUAUCAAGAUCAGUGUUGCUGGGUGUGCGUUUCCUGCAGAGAGGACGCUUACGUCUUCAACGACACUUGCAAAUCCUGUCUUCCAGGCUACGCCCCCAACAAGGACAAGACGGACUGCGACAAACUGAAAGCUUUGGUCAUAGAAUGGAUGAGUCCGUGGGCUUUAGUCCCGCUUUUAUUUUCCUCUUUCGGCAUCCUCUGCACCAUCUUUACCACCUGCGUCUUUAUCCGGUAUAACCGCACGCCUGUGAUCAUGGCCUCGGGCAGAGAACUCUGCUACGUUCUCCUCAGCGGCGUCCUGUGCUGCUACUCCAUGUCCUUCAUUAUCCUCGCAAAACCCUCGGUGGAAACCUGUGCGGUUAUGCGUGUGGGCCUAGGCCUGUGCCUCAGCGUCUGCUACAGCGCGAUUUUCACCAAAACCAAUCGCAUUUCAAGGAUAUUUAACAGAGGGGUGAAAAGCAUCAAAAGACCUGUUUAUACUUCGCCCAUCUCACAAGUCGCCAUCGCACUCGGAAUCGUAUCAAUACAACUGAUUGGAGCGAUCGUUUGGCUUGUGAUCGAACGUCCAGAUAUUCGGGAAAUAUACCCGUACCCGUUGACAGCCGUUUUGACCUGCAGAGUCUCAACUUUCUCUCUCAUCAUGUCUUUGGUUUACAAUAUGAUACUCAUUAUCCUUUGCACCUGGUACGCUUUCAAAACCAGAAAAAUACCAGAGAACUUUAAUGAAGCCAAAUAUAUUGGAUUUACGAUGUACUCCACUUGCAUUGUCUGGCUAGCGUUUCUUCCAAUUUACUUCGGGACAAAUAACGACUACAAGAUUCAGAUAGUCAGCAUGUGCAUGUGUCUCAACAUAAGCGCAACUGUUGCUUUGGGUUGCUUAUUUACGCCCAAAGUUUACCUCGUCCUAUUCCAACCCUACAAGAACGUGCGUCAAGGCAACGGAAACCAGGGUGGAAAUCCUGACCGGCCGGCUUACAGUAUGCGUUUCGCGGGUCCUCGGUCUCAAACAAUCCAGUCAAUGACGAGUAACUCCAGAUCUUCGCCAAGAUUGGGCCAAAAACACGCCAACGGUGAUCCGAACGCUCUUCCGAGCCCCAGCAUCGAGGAAAGCUCUUUAAGUUAAAUCAGUGUCUUCCUUUUAAAAUCCGAAAACGUCAAUACUCAACUCAAAUGUCAAAAAUCAAACCAAAAUUAGUAUUUACAAAUGUAUGUCCUGAAAUUCGUGUUAAAAUUUUCGAUUUUCUUGUUGAUAUUCAUGUCUAAAUAUAAAUAAGUUAAUUGAUGUUGAGCCCUUUUACACGUAUUGCAGAAAUAUGGCAGUAAAAACUAAUUUUGCAUCUCUGUAUCUUACAUCUCUUACUACACUUUUGCAAUCUUGAUGUAAAAACUAGCAGUAUUGGAAUAUUUAAAUAGAUUAGUAUUAAAUAUUGUGAUUCAUUGUAUAUUAUGCUUUAGUCGGGUUUUUAUUCGAUUUUAUACUAUUUGCUCACGUUUCAUUUCAUCUGUGCCUAAUAUGUGUGGUGUAAAGUAGGUCUAAGCUGAUUUUUAUCUGUAAAUAUAAGACAAGGAGCUGAUUGGAUAAGUCGUUAGAUAGUAAGUAUGUAAAAUUUGUAAAUAAGUCGUUUUCUGUUCUCUCCAUUUUAAAAACGAGACGAGAAGGUGCUAUAUCGAGACGCAAUUUUUAUUUUUAAAGUUUUAGUUUGUAAAUACUCAAUUUGUGAUUCUAUUUAAGUAAUGUGCCAAAGCAUAAAGGAACGAAUUUAUUAAAAUGUAAAUAAAAACCGUUCAGCAUCUGUUAAUUUUCACAGUGUCGUUAAGAUUGGUUUAGCUCAUCGUUAGGAUAGUUCUAUUUUUCUAAAUAUAUACUGAUCAUUUCGGAAAUCUCUAUGUUCCUUGACGUUGUUAAGUUUCAAAAACUCGUACAAAUUGUUUUAUGAAUGUUAUUUAUUUAUGUAGAAUAGAUAAAUCAUAUCGAAAUACAUAGAAUAGGAAACAUGUGUAAGCUGAAAAUAUUGUGAUACUAUGAAAAUAGUUUAUUUGUGUAACUUAGAAAUGCAGUUGUUGUAAUUUAGGAACAUUUAUCUGUAGUUGUUAAAAAUUUGAUGGAACUGAUUAAAUGGGU